AUGAUGGCAGAACAGAUAAGAACAGGCGCAUGUCUCUGCAAGAAGAUCACGUUUCGCGUUGAAGGCGAGGAGCUCAAUUUCGCCAUAUGUCACUGCACGAAUUGUCGUAGAAAUUGUGGCGCUACCUACACGGCAAAUGCUUGGUUCCCUGAUAAGCAAUUCGAAUGGACGACCGGCGAAGAUCUCCUGAAGCAGUACGAUGAUCGAGACACUGAGACCAGCGAAGUCGUACAUCGAUGGUUCUGUACAGACUGCGGCUCACCAAUGAUGACCAAGUCUCCACGCAUGCCUGGUAUUACGAUUGUUCCUAGCGGAGUGUUUGAUGGUCAGCACAACUGGAAGCCGAGCUACGAGCAGUGGAGGCAAAGCAAAGUCUGUUUCGUUGAGCCUAUACGUGCUGUCAAGGAUAAGAGCCGUUACGAUCAGCAUCCGGAUCUGAAUGAAUUUGAGGAUAUUUGGGGCAAGAGCGGCGCAAGGCCAGCUCAAGAGUUCAUUGAUCGUUAA